UUCACGCGCUGGUACAGAAACGCGCACGCUGUUAGGAUGGAGAGGAAGAGGAGGAGCGUGAAGUGACGGAGCGCAGGGUGUUUGUUUACAGAAGAAGAGGAGGAAGAGGAGGAAGAGGAAGCUGCAGCUCAGAAGAGUGUCGCUCCUGAAACAGCACGAGGAGAGGAGGAGGAGGAGGAAGAGUCCCCAACUUCUGACUCCGUUAACUUCCUGCACGCUCCACGGUCGGGCCGUGCUACCGCGCAUGCGCCCUGAAGUUUUCACCCCGUCGGAACACAAUGGACCGAUUGUGACGUCACCGGUUGCUUAUCCGGAUCUGAAGCAGUGACGGCGGCGGGAGCGCGCCUCGGCUCAGCGCGUGACCUGUGUGUGUGAGGAUGAGUGGUGGUAAAAAGAGGAGUGGCUUUCAGAUCACCAGCGUGACUUCAGAGGUGAACCAGAGUCCAGCAGACCAAUUGUCUCCUAGCGCUGUCCUGCCCAUCAUCCAAUCAGAGGUCUCUCUGCAGCCCCCCCUCUGCAGCCCUCAGGGAAGCUCCUCCCAGCCAACCACGCCCUCUCUGAAGAGGAAGUACAUCUCCCUCGAUGGCGGGCACGGGGCGGGGUCUUCCUCCAGGUUCAGGGUGGUGAGACUAGUGAGCGGAGCCGGCGGCGGCGGCCGGGGUGAAUCGUAUCGUCGCGGGCGAUGGAUGUGCACAGAGUUCACGGAGCGGCAGGAAGGCCCGGGGUUCAGGCGGGUGAUGGACAGCAUGAGACACGCCCACUCCUUGGAGUCCCUGGAGAUGAUUGGCCGGGAAAGCGAGAGGGGUGGAGUCCACUCUCAGGACAACACCCAUAUGCUGGCUCAGCACGUGCUGCACAGCGGCCCGCCUUCACCCACGCACCAGACGCAAGCUAAUGUCCGGCUGCUCGACCACAAGGAGUCACGCCUUGUGGUCGAGCAGGGCUUAGGCUCCACCCCUCCACCACCUUCACCCCGCCCACGCUUCACCCCAACUCCUCUGCGGCUGGAUGUGGACGCCUCAGGACGGACGCCGUCAGGCUUCAGCCUGGACCGCACCAUGUUCGACCUGCCGGGGGACGCCAGGACUCUGCAGCUUGUUGCUAAGCAACUGGAGCCUCCAGUUGUCUUACGGGAUCAUACAAAGGUCAAAGGUCGUGGCUCAGCUGUCAGGGAGUCCUGGCCGAGUACCAGGACAUCGAUCCAAGAACUCAAACCACGGGUGAGUCAGAGGUCCCUGACCCCUCCCUCCAGAGCUCAGCCUGUCACAGAGGCCCGCCACCGAUCCACCAAUCAACCACAGCCAUCCCAGCGACCCCAGAAUCCUCUGCGUCACACUGCCCCGCAUCCUCAUUGGUCAGUUCCUGCCAGGGCGUCACCCACCGGGCAGGGCUCUGAGGCCACCAUGAUGGCUCUGCUGCUGUUCUGCAACAGGUCAGUCCUGGCUCAGUUUGUCCUCAAUCUGAGGUUGAAGCAGUUUGUAUCUGAUGCCAUUCCAAGUAUGCAUGUAGAGCUGUGUUCAGAUCUGUCCCUGCUGCUGACGACCAUCAAUGUGACCCCGGCCUGUGGUUACAAACGUCUCUCAGACCUGGUGAAGAGUCACCUGAUGCUGGCGGUGAGGGAGGAGGUGGAGCUUCUGAGAGAACAAAUCAGAGAGCUGCAGGAGAGGAACCGGCAACUGGAAAGAGAGAACCACACGCUGAGGGCGCUGACCCACAGCAUGCACACUCACUAACACACACACACUCACACACACACACACACACACACGUGCAGUCGUGUCAGGGUUAACAGGACGGCGUUCCUGCGUUUUCUCAUCAGCUGAUGCUUCAGAGACACUCGCUGUGCCCUCCUGCUCGUCCUCCUUCAUGUACCUGUAGUACUGUUGUACUGCAGUAUUUGUGCUACUGUGUACUGAUGAAAGGUGUGUGUUUCUGUGUGUGUAUGAUUGAUACAUUGUAGAUGUGACACUUUGAUACAGUCAGUGUGCAGCUUGUAUAUAAACCACUGGCAACAAGAGAGAGAACACCGCGAGGUGAAAAUGUCCACACUGUGCCCAAAGGGUCAGGAUUAUGUUUGGCCACCAUUAUUUUCCAACACUGCCUCAACUCUGUUGGUUCACCGGAGCUCCACAGAGUGCCACUCAAUCCUCUCCCACUCCUCCACGAUGACAUCAUGGAGCUGGUGGAUGUUAGAGACCUCCACUCCUCCACCUUCCAUUUGAGGAUGCCCCACAGAUGCUCAGUAGGAGACAUGGUUGGUCUGAGCUCUGACAGGCUGACCCUCCACGCCUCCAACCUCUGCAGCAAUGCUGGCAGCACUCAUACAUCUGUUUCCAAAGACAACCUCUGGAUAUGACACUGAGCACGUGCGCUCAGCUUCUUUGGUCGACCAUGGCGAGCUUUGUUCUGACUGGAACCUGUCCUGUUAAACUGCUGCAUGGUCUCGACCAUCGCGCUGCAGCUCAGUUUCAGAGUGUUGGCGAGUCACAUGACACCAGGGAGGGAAAAUGGCUAAUCGGGCUCAGUUUGGACAUCUUCUCACUUUUGUUUCCCAGUGAUUCAGUCAGUGAUG